GGGAACCGUACGAACGGAGAAGACAAAGAGUCGUUGGUCGAACUACCUCCGGCAGGUGCGCCGCAAUGGUUUGCGUUGGUCGGAGACGACGAGGGUCCACUUUGCCACAGCUCGGCAAGCACAACUUCAACCGGACCCAACUCCCGGUUCGUCCGAGGAAACGAACCAACGAACCAACCAACCAACCAACAGCAGGCUCGGCUCGGCUCCGCUAGGGCCAUGCCGGGCCGGUCAACGAACAACGCCAUCUGCUUUCCGGACGGCAAACCAACCAACCAACGAACCAACCAACCAGCCAGCUAGCUAGCCAAGCAAUCCACCAACCGACACACGGCGGGGCCGUGGUCCCCCGCCGUUUCGUUACGUUUUGGUUGGUUCGCACCGGCAACCCCGGGCCCGAGCGAGACCGCACGCGGCUGCCGCAACCCCAGGGGUGGGGUCGUUGCAGACCGUGGUUCGAAGGCACCGGAAGACACCCCGCUGGGAACGAAAUAACGAACGAACGGAAUAACGAACGAACCAUCCCUUUCUUCGACCCGCGGUGUGUUGUUGCGACCGUUUUUGGGUUCUGUCUCGAUCGGGAUUGCCUUGUGCACUCUUCGAUCGGGAUUUCACUCUGAACCGUAUCGAUGGGGUGUGCGGCAGUCCGAUGCAUUCCAAAGAACACCGCUGCGUGCAACCGCACGGCGCUCGGUUCGCCCCGUUGUGUUGUGUCGCGUUGUGUUGCGUUGUGUUGCGUUGUUUUGCGUCGCGUCGUGUACCGCCCACAACAGCAAGCAGCACGCAACGCCGCUGCGAACACAGCGCGGCCGCUAUGCGGUAGGUUCUGCGAAACACCAACAGCAUCUAGUGCUGGUGUUAGUGUUGGUGAUAGUGACAGUGCUAGUGCUAGUUCUGGUGCUAGUGCCAGGGGUUGUAUCCCGUUGAAAAACAAAGUAGCACGUGUCUCGUUGUUCUAUUGUUAGCACGCCACUGCUGAUAAAAGCCGGUAGCGGCAACUACUGUUCUAUUUUGGAUGCCAUAUCUUCUCCUGCGUUGUGUGCAAAGGAUUGCUGAUUUGCUCAUCGUAUAGCUAUGGUAGGAAUGCGCUUGAUGACACUCUAGUUUCCUAGUAGUACUACAGUACCAGCGACAAGUUUGCUUGUUCUUCCUGUAGUUGUUUUACAUCCGAUGAAACUUCCCAACCGACAACCUCGGUUUCGAAGACAAGGAGGACAGUGCUUUGCAUUCAGGAGAAACAAUCUCCAAAACCAAUGAAAAAGGGCACUUUGUUCUGGACAACACCCCUGUAAAUUGUUGUCGUUGUUGCCUGGUGUUGGUACAACUCCUUUCACGAUGCCUCUUCGUCUUGUUUCGACACCAGCAGCAGACUAGUAUCUGCCUCUUCUUAUUUCUUCUCAAGAGGAGGAUGAGUACAGUGCUGGUAGUAGUAUGUUUGCCUCUCUCUUGAAUUCUGUUUUUGCAUGUACUUCAUCGAAUACUUGUUGUAGUAGGUGGUAGGAGCACUGCUUCUUGUAAUAUUGAAGUACGAUUAAUACUUGCCAAUACUAUUAGUAGUAAUACUAGCUAUACUACUACCGGUAGUUGUACAACCAACGCCUUCUUCCCAUACGUUCGAUCAUGUCCAUUAAAACUACUUCUGUACUUCGUCAUCUUCUGGCAAAAAAUUGCUCAAAUGUUGCAUGCAGUGUCGUCUGUUUCAGUCGUGUGUCUCAAAAAAAGAGGCACGAGUACUCCACCAUGUACAGAGAGAUACGUAAAGUACUGUAAGAAACGGGAACAUCGGGUGCGGCCUGGAACAAGAGCGAACCCGGGGAGAGGAAUCUCCAUCGAUCUGGCCUUGUUGAGCCCCCAAACUCUUCGAGGUGUGUCUAUCGCGAAUUAAUACCCGCCGUUUGGACUAGGAAACAACGUGCGUAACGAGACACAUCAUCCCUGUCACCUGUUCGCCGGAGACGACGUAAGGACGCCCACCACCAAUUAGAAACAAGAAAGAUGUGCAUGGUGGCUCAUCGUAGAAAAUCUACGCAGUUCGAGCCUGUCACCACCUCUCUGUGCAUCUCGAAUUCGUACGGCAAGGCUCGUAGGGUAGUACGUUUUGGUUCUUUCCCACCGGCCAAUGAUCCCGUGCUACAUGACAUAGGCCACCAUUGGUCCACUGUAGGAAUCGUACUAGGUGAUGGAAUUGGUUUUCAGAAUUUCGGGGUGUUGGAAUUGAAUACACAAAUAAAAAGAAGUACCACCGCUAAUGUUGUCUGUCAGUGACUGCUUUGUGUUUUGUGUAUUUUGUGUACUGUACCGUACGGUAGUGUGCGGGAUGAUCGUGCGAACUACAAGUAAUUAAAAAAAAUAGUGCGGUAUACAUGCAAUUUUACUCGUACUUCUACCGUUACGAACCUGUUCGAACGCUGACAGGGACGUACUAGCUGGUACGCUAUGACGGCUUUCUGCAGCCUUUCGAUUCUGUGUCACACUCCUGUGAAAAUUAUUGCUCGGAAACCGCGUGAACUGCAACACAACUUACAUCAAAGCUCACGACUUUCACAGCAUCCCAUAUCAAUACUCGGGUACUGCACAGGUCGAUUGCCUUGAUAUAUUUCGACUCAAUCGCAGUUGUCCUUCAAAGGAGGGAUUGGAAUUCUACCGGAUUGGACUGAAUUCGAUUCGUUCCGAAUAAUAUUCAACACGUGUCGUAUAUCGCUGGUUGCUAGCGGGAAUCAAUUCAUCGAUCGGUCAAUCGGUCAUUCAAUUAGCAUCGCAAACAGAACCGCCCUUGCCAAACGACAAACCACCGGCACAGCUUUCUCGCAGCACAUCAAACUAGUUCUGCAACCACAACCGCAACCAUGUGCAAGGAAACACAGAACGUCGUCGAGGUGAAGGACGACGAGAGCGCCCCGGGAAAAAACAUUACGAUGGAAAACGAGAACGAGAUCGAGAUCACGAACGAUCCGGCAACCACGGACUCUGCCAACGACAAAGACAAAGAAAAAUCCCAGCCGGAACAUUUUCCCUGGUGGAAGGGAGGCGGGAAAAUCGCCUACAGCGGCAAGGAUCUCGGCGUCCUGGAGAAAUCCCUGGAGGACCGAGCGAGCUGCUUCGAGCUCUGGUGGAUGUCCUAUCUCAACCCGCUGCUGAGCCUGGGAUCCCGCAAGGUCCUCGAUGCCAGCGACGUCGGCGUUCCCUCGGAGCAGGACCGGGCCGAGCGUGCCUACAUGGGCGCGAAGAAGGCCUGGGACGAGCAGGUCGAGGCCUGCCGGAUCAAAAACGAGCCGCUGCUGCAGAAGAAAAAGGAGCAGGAGGCGCUGCUCCAGCAGCAGAAGGAAUCCGGGGAAGAAAACCCCCAAAACGCACCCAAGCCCAUUACGCUCAAGGAGCCCUCGAUCACCAUGUCGCUCAUCUACAGCUUUGGAAUCGGGAGGUUUGUUAUGGCCAUCAUUUACCAGAUCCUCUCCUCCCUGCUGGGAUUCGUCCCCGUCUUGAUCCUCAACGAUCUGGUUCGCUACUUUGAGUCGUUCGGCUACAACCAGCUGGUGGCGGAGUCGGGCGCCGAGGACGUGGCACUCGUCAGCUACCAGCCGCUCUUCAAUCCGUGGCUCCAGGUCGUCGGCCUUGGGAUCAUCCCGCUGGUGGUGUCGCUGCUGCAGACCCGGCACAACGCCAUCAUGUGCCACUGCGGAGUCUUUGUCCGAACGGCCGUCUCGACCAUGCUCUACCGGAAGGCCCUGACCGUCUCGGCCGCGGGGCGGGCCAUGACCUCGACGGGGCAGGUCGUCAACAUGAUGUCCAACGACACGAUGCAGCUCCAGCGGUUUCUGACCUUUGCCGGCUUCACCGCGAUCGCUCCCAUCCAGAUCAUCAUUUCCCUGGCACUCAUCUACAAGCAGGUCGGGAGCGCCAUGUGGGUCGGUGUGGCCUACAUGAUCUUUUUGAUGCCCAUCAACAUGUGGGUCUUUUCGGUAGUGGGAAAGAUGCGCCGCAAGGUCCUCAAGCACUCCGAUUCCCGCGUCAAGAUGAUGAACGAGAUCCUCACCGGGAUUCGCAUCAUCAAGUUCUACGCCUGGGAGCGGCCCUUUGGAAAAGAGGUCGAGCGCGUCCGGGCCAAGGAAAUGGACGCCCUCACGAAGAUGUCCUACGUGGUAGCCGUCGGGUUUUCCAUCAUUCUGCUCUCGACGCCCAUCGUCCAGCCCAUCUUUGUCUUUCUGACCUACGUCAACAUUCAAGACGAGCCACUGACGGCGGCCACGGCCUUUACCACCGUGGCCCUCUUCAACCUCAUGCGCUUCCCCUUUGCUUUUAUGCCCAUGGGGCUGCUGCAGUUCAUCCAGUCGAGGAUCUCCCUCAAGCGGCUGGAGCGCUACCUGGCCUUGCCCGAGCUCAACCCGUACGUGGUCGACGAUCCACCGUCGAAAGACGACGCGGAGGAACCCCUGGCGAAAUCCAUCACGGGGGAGGUGAGCCUUUCGGACAUGGACCAGUCGGGAAGCAUUACCAUCCUGGAUGGUUCCUUCGGGUGGGUCAACCCCGACGGCCCCGCCAUCAAGCCCGUCCAGGAGGAGCAGCGUUCCAAGAAGAAGGAAAAGGCCGAGCGCGCCCAAAGACGGGCCUCCAAGCGGGCCAGUCGCUCCCGCAAGUCCGAUGCCACCGCCGAGAGCAGUGUCGAUGCGAUCCAGUCCAACCUCGAGUCGAUGAGCGCCUCGAGCGCCACCACCGACGAGAGCGGGGCCGAAAAGGCUCCCGUGAUUGCCCUCCAGAACGUGACCACCUAUAUCCGGCCCGGGAGCCUUGUGGCGGUCGUCGGUUCCGUGGGGUCCGGAAAAUCGAGCCUGCUCUCGGCGAUUCUCGGAGAGAUGGAGAGCAUCGGCGACUCGAAGGUCCACGUGCCCCGAACGGAGGAAGAGAAGGACAUGGACGGCUUUGCCUCGUACUGCACGCAGUCCCCGUGGGUGGUGAACGAUACGCUGCAGGGAAACAUUUUGUUUGGCCGCGAGUACGACGAAACGCGGUACCAAGAAAUCCUCCACGCCUGCGCCCUCCUGGACGACAUUGCGGUGCUGCCGGCGGGGGACCAAACCGAAAUCGGUGCGUUGCGUUGCGUUGCUUGGAUACCAUCUGUUGAUUUGCGUGCGGGUCUCUUGCUUCGCUCCAUUUUGCUAGUGCACGUUGUUUUCGACCCAGCCCAAAAACUCUAGUUCUCACGCUUGUUUUGUUCUUUCGCUUCGGCCGCUCUCGAAUCACGAUUGGUUGGUUUUGGUGUUUCCAGGAGAACGCGGCAUCAACCUUUCCGGAGGACAAAAGGCACGUGUGUCUCUGGCACGAGCGAUGUAUUCCAGAAAGACCCGGCUCUUGCUCAUGGACGAUCCCCUCUCCGCCGUGGAUUCGCACGUUGGGGAGCACUUGUUUUCUAACGCCAUUGCCGGAGACAUCGGGAAGGGAAGGACCCGUAUCCUCGUGACGCACCACGUCCACGUUCUCUCGCGGUGCGAUUCCGUGAUUGUCAUGGACUCCGGAACCAUCAAGCACCAGGGUGCCUACCAGGACCUCCUCGACCAAGGAGUGGACUUUGCGGGGGCCGUGGAUGUUUCCAAGAUCAAAAAGAGCGAGGAAGAGGGGGGGGACGCGACCGAUGAAUCGAAUUCGAAAAUCGACAAGAAGGAAAAGAAAUCCUCGAGGCAAGAAGACGAGGCGGCGCAGAAGAAAGCGGGUGCCAAUCUCGUCCGGCAGGAAGAACGAGAAAAGGGCGACGUUGCGAUCGAUGCCUAUGUGCAAUACAUGAAGGCGGGUGGCUACUGCGUUGCCGUUCUCACCAUUUUCAUCCAGGGUGUCGGGCGUGCGUUCGAAAUUCUGUCGACCUUCUGGCUCGCCCUGUGGGCCGACAGGAUGCAGAAAGCCGAAGAGCUCGGUCAACCGUUCACGAAGCAAGAAACCUCCUACUACGUCGGGAUUUUUGGUCUCCUCGGGUUCCUGUCGAUUCUCGGUCUCGGGUUUCGCGGCAUCUUCUUGGCGAUGCAUCGAUUGAAGGCCUCGCAGAAGCUGCACGACGGCCUCACGGACGCCGUUCUGCGUGCCCCAGUUUCCUUCUUUGACGUAACCCCCAUCGGUCGUGUGCUCAAUCGUUUCGCCGCCGACAUGGACAAGAUCGAUCUAGAGCUGACCCAGACCGUUUCACAGGGAAUCAACACGAUUUUUCAGGUACUCGGUGCACUCGGAGCGAUUCUGGUGGCGACGAAGGGAACCUUCAUCGUGCCACUAAUUCCCCUCAGUUUCUUGUACUACCUGGUCCAGAAGUGGUUCCGAAAAACGUCCACCGAGCUCCAGCGUAUUACCAACAUUGCCAAUUCCCCGAUCUUUGCCGACUUUUCUCAGACCCUGUCGGGAACGUCUUCCAUCCGUGCCUUUGGUGUGCAGAAGGGAUUCUUCAACAAGUGCAAGCAAUCCUUUGACAACAUGAACUCGUCCUACAUUCUGGUGCAGCUUGCGUCGUCAUGGCUGGCACUCCGGUUGGACGUCAUGGGAGGCAUCAUCGGGAUGUUCAUCGGAGCAAUCGCGGUGGGAACGCUCGAAACGAAUUUCAUGCCCGCCGGAUGGCUCGGCCUCGCACUUUCAUACUCGAUUGAGGUAACUUCCUAUCUGAAGUACGGGGUGCAGAUGGUCGCCCGGCUGGAAGCCGACAUGAGUUCCGUGGAGCGCAUCCUGUACUACACCGACAAUAUCGAGCCCGAAGCGCCGGACGUCAUCCCGGAGAAGGAUCCCAGGGAAGGGGACUGGCCGCUGAAGGGCGAGAUUGAGCUGUCGCACGCGUCGAUGCGGUACAGAGACGGCCCGCUGGUCCUGAAGGGCCUCAGCUUUACCGUGAAGGGGGGCGAAAAGAUUGGCGUUUGCGGCCGGACGGGAAGCGGAAAGAGCAGCCUCAUGAUUGCCCUGUUCCGGAUCUCGGAGAUCGAGAAGGACGGCUCGAUUUCGGUUGAUGGCGUAAACAUUGGAGAAAUCGGAACGGCGGCCCUGAGAAUGAACAUCUCGAUCAUCCCGCAGGACCCCGUCAUGUUUUCGAACACGAUCCGAUACAACCUCGAUCCCUUUGCCACGAAAUCCGACGAGGAACUUUGGGACGUCCUGAAGAAGGUGGAGAUGGGCGAGGCGAUCGCUCAGCUCCCCAAGGGCCUCGACGACAUGGUGGCCGAGGGCGGCGAGAACUUUUCCCAGGGCCAGAGGCAGCUGCUGUGCAUCGCGCGGUCGCUCCUCCGCAAGCCGAAGAUCCUUGUGAUGGACGAGGCGACGGCGAGCAUCGACAACGAGACGGACGCGAACAUCCAGAGAAUGAUCCGGGAGAACUUUAAGGACGCAACGGUCCUGACGAUUGCCCAUCGAUUGAACACGAUCAUGGACAGCGACAGGGUAUUGGUCCUGGACGACGGGCACAUUGCGGAACUCGACACCCCCGAGAAUCUGCUGGCGAAGGAGUCGGGUCACUUCAAGGCGAUGGUCGAGAAGAGCCGGGAGGCCCACAGCGACGUGAUCGAGGACCUGUAAGCGAGAACGAGGGGCGCUGGUCGCGUUGCGUGUUGGUUUUUGUUCCGUGGGAGCGCAGACGCAAGCUGUCACGCUGCCUGCACUGCUCGCACAAAGCCACACACAAUGGAACGCCCUCCUAGCUGCGUUUUUGACGUCGACGCGCACCCAUUUCGGGUCCACGAAUCUAGUAUGUAUCCCCUAUAAGGCACUAAAAAGUUAUAAAUAAAGUAAACGAAGUUAU